AGUGUGUGUAUGGGAUUGUUUUGGCCGGUAUUAUUGAUAGCGCAAAAUUUCGUAAUUUUUUCAUUCAAAUUUAAAUCCGCAUUCUUGCUGAAGACUGGAACCACACAUGGUGAAUGGUGUCUUUCGUUUGAUAUAUUUGUUAAUCGGUCUCAUCCGCUUUAACAUAAUUUUCAAUUAUCCGGUUAUACAUUACUGAGAUAGACUACUCGAUUAACGUACAGACUGCUGCCAGUUGCAUGUAUAGUUGGAUCUCAGCCCAAGGUAUCGAAACAAUACAAUUUUCUGGUUCUUCGAAAUAAAAAAUCGCACCUUGACCGUGGUCAACGAAACAACAAUGGCUAUCGCUGCUUCCCUUCGCCACAUAUCCAAUAGUGUGUUCCAACGAUGGAUUUGUUCAAUCAUUCCUCGAAAUAUACACAGCACGAUUCAACUGCGACACGGUGAAUAUGAAUGGCAGGAUCCUAAAAGCGAGGACGAAGUAGUAAAAAUUACGUACAUUGAUAAGGACGGAAAGGAAACGACUGUACGGGGGAAGGUUGGAGAUAAUGUGCUUUAUCUUGCCCAUCGGCACGGAAUCGAAAUGGAGGGUGCCUGUGAAGCGUCGUUGGCCUGCACCACCUGUCACGUGUAUGUGCAAGACGAAUUUCUCGACCGCUUGACCGAGCCAGAAGAAAAGGAGGACGAUCUGCUCGAUAUGGCGCCAUUUCUGAGAGAAAAUUCCCGCCUCGGAUGUCAGAUUGUGCUUCAGAAAGAUCUGGAAGGGAUGCGUCUACAGCUUCCGCAAGCAACGCGGAACUUUUACGUGGACGGACACAAACCAAAGCCUCACUAGCCUAGUUCUGGUUGACUCGUUUUUACGUUAUGUUUCUUUUUUGUUAGUUACUUGUAGUAUCGCAAUCCAUCGAUAGGCGGGCUGUAGAGUAACAUUGCUGGGUGCAUCUGUUAAGAUGAAAGGGGAUGAUGUUAGAUUUGUGCA